AUGGGUGAAAGAAAAGGUACCAACAAAUACUACCCUCCUGACUAUAAUCCUGCUGUGGGUGGGCUUAAUAAAUUUCUUGGAACUCAUGCUUUGAGAGAGCGUGCCAGAAAACUUCACAUGGGAAUACUAAUUAUACGCUUUGAGAUGCCAUUCAAUAUCUGGUGUGAAGGAUGUGGUAAUCAUAUUGGAAUGGGGGUAAGAUAUAAUGCAGAAAAAAAGAAAAUUGGGAUGUAUUACACCACACCUGUUUACCAAUUUCGUAUGAAAUGCCACCUAUGUGAUAACCAUUUCGAAAUUAAAACUGAUCCUGGGAACUUAGAAUACAUUAUAGUUAGUGGUGCUCGGCGACAAGAAAAUCGAUGGGAUCCAACCGAAAAUGGUCAGGUUGUAGCAGAUGAUAAAGAAACUGUAAAAAGACUUUAUGAUGAUGCUAUGUUUAAGCUUGAGCACAAUUCUAGUGAUAAGCAAAAAUCAAAAAAAGCUUCAGCUAUGAUCGAUAGAUUAGUGCUUAGAAAUGACUCUAAAUGGAAAGAUGAUUUCUCAGCAAAUUGUGAGCUUCGAGCACAGUUAAGGCUAAAGAAAAAAGAACUAAAAGCAAAAGAAAAAAGGGACAAUGCCUUACUAAAGAAAUCUAGCUUAGCUAUUUCACUUCUACCUGAACAUGAAGAUGAUAUAAAAUUGGCUUCUCUUCUUAAAUUUAAGUCAUCUACAAGUGCCAAAGAAAAGUCUCUGGAAGCCAAGAAAAAAAUACCAACAACUUUAGCUGCUCCGAAGUCAUUAUUAAAGAAAGAAUCGUUGGGUAUUAAAACUCAUUCCCAAGUUACUUUAGUUGCAACAGCCUAUGAUUCAUCAUCCUCUUCAGAAACCUCCUGA